GCAGCUGAACAGUGUUUUUUUGUCAUACGUAUUGUGAGCAGCCACCUUGUGAAAUAGUGCUGCGUAUUUAUUCGCGAAUAAUAUGUUUUUUUUGUGAUACGUGUUUAUUCGCGAAUAUCAUUAGCUCUAGACUGGAUACAGGAACACACAAUUCCUCGAUGUCUGUUCAUACAAUGACAGCUAAAGCCUUGUGUUUCUGUUUUACAAUCUUGACUGUCUUUCCUUUAAUUCACUGCGUUACAAGGACAUUCUACAUCGGAAUUCGAGAAGAAGAUUGGAAUUAUGCACCCAGUGGACGAAAUCUUAUCAAUGACCUCGAUAUCAGUGAUGACGAGUAUGCCUCUACAUUUCUGGAACAUGGCCCACAGCACAUUGGUAGUGUGUAUAAAAAAGCUGUGUAUAGGCAGUACACAGAUGAGGGGUUCUCCACUGAAAUCUCUAAGCCAGAAUGGCUGGGCUUUCUUGGACCUGUGAUCCGAGCAGAAGUGGGUGAUGACAUUGUGGUGUACAUGAAGAACUUUGCAUCUCGGCCUUAUUCACUUCAUCCACAUGGAGUAUUUUAUGAGAAGGACUCUGAAGGUGCACUGUAUCCAGAUGAUACAUCUGGUCAGAGUAAGAAAGAUGAUGCUGUGGCUCCGGGCGAGACCUACAAGUAUACAUGGAAGGUGAAAGCAGAGUUUGCGCCCCUAGAAUAUGACUCCAACUGCCUCACUUGGAUUUAUCAUUCACAUGUUGAUGCACCUAAAGACAUCGCGGCUGGACUCAUUGGUGUACUGCUCACCUGCAAGGAGGGAGUUCUGGAUAGCUCUGGACUUAAGCGGUCUGAUGUGGAUGGAGAAUUCUUUCUAAUGUUCAGUGUAGUGGAUGAAAAUCUCAGCUGGUAUCUUGAUGACAAUGUUAACAGAUUCUGCUCUGAUACUAGUAACCUGGAAAGAGAUGCAUUUUAUAAAUCCAACCUACUGCAUUCAAUAAAUGGCUAUGUCUAUGGUAACUUGCCACCACUGAAAAUGUGUGUUGGACACACUGUAUCCUGGCAUCUGUUUGGCAUUGGAAAUGAAGUUGACAUUCACUCUGCCUACUUCCAUGGCCACACCCUACUUGACCGUGGUCACCGCACUGAUGUGCUCAGCCUGUUUCCUGCCACUUUUGUCACUGCAGAAAUGAUUCCCAUGACAGCAGGGAAGUGGAUGCUUAGUUGCCUUGUCAAUGAUCACAUGCAAGCAGGUAUGCAGGGCUUUUAUCAGGUUUCUAUGUGUGGGACUAAAACUGCACCUACAGUGCCCCCUGGCCAUGAGAGACAUUACUACAUUGCUGCAGAGGAGGAGCUCUGGGACUAUGCCCCCUCAGGGAAAAAUGGAUUUACUGAUGAACUGCUAACGGCAGUUCACAGUGACUCUAAAGAAUUCUUUGUUACAGAUGGAGGGAAGCUGGGUGGAAAGUAUAGAAAGGUCAGAUACAUUGCUUAUAAAGAUGGCACAUUUACCACCAAGAUAGAGCGACAAGGCUCAGAACAGCACCUUGGCAUUCUGGGUCCAGUCAUUAGGGCAGAAGCUGGAGAUAUCAUUGUGGUAACAUUUCAGAACAAUGCCAAGCAUAACUUCAGCAUGCAGCCUCAUGGCGUCCUGUAUGAUAAAGCUUAUGAAGGAGCUGUGUAUCAGGAUGGUUCUCAGAAACAUGGGGACAUUGUUCAUACUGGCGAAACCUUCACCUAUCGCUGGCGGGUGACAGAAGGGCCCUCACUCAGUGACCCACCCUGCCUGUCAUACUUGUAUUACUCUGCUACAGACCCUGUCCGCGACACCAAUUCUGGCCUGGUGGGACCUUUACAAGUGUGCAAGAAAGGAACUCUGGAUGAGAGUGGUAGGCAGCAUACAGGGAUGGAAGUGCAAAAGGAGUUUUUUCUACUCUUUACUGUAUUGGAUGAGAAUGAAAGCUGGUAUCUGCAGCAAAACAUUGAAGAGUUUGGCAGCAAAGAGACAGACCCAGAAAAUGCAGGAUUUCAAGAGAGCAAUAAAAUGCACUCGGUUAAUGGUCGUAUGUAUGGAAAUCUUCUUGGGCUGGAUUUGUGUGAAGGGGACCACAUUGUGUGGCACACACUUGGCUUGGGCACAGAGGUGGACAUCCAUGGUGUUUAUUUCCAGGGCAACACAUUUCAGCGGGACAACAUCACACGUGACACACUCAGUGUCUUUCCUCACACCAGUGUCACUGUUUCUAUGGUACCCGACAAUGAUGGGGUUUUUGAGCUCAGCUGUCGUACAACUGAUCACUACCGCGCAGGUAUGCGCCAGCAGUACACAGUCAAGCGCUGCUCACAGAGCCUAAACCCUAUAUCAAAGGCAACGAACUCUCAGCCUAAUGUGUAUUACUACUUGGCUGCAGAAGAAGUAGAGUGGAACUAUGCCCCAAACCGAACAUGGGAGUUGGAAAAAUAUAAUGAAACUCCUGAGAAAAGCAUUGGAAGUGUUUAUCUAAGUAAAUCAGGGAUUCGUAUUGGCUCUGAAUACAAGAAGGUUGUAUUCCAGCAGUAUACAGAUGACACUUUCACAACAAAGAAGCUCAGAAGUCCUGAGGAUGAGCAUUUAGGGAUCCUGGGUCCCAUCCUUAGAAUGGAGGUUGGUGAAAGGGUUCAAAUUGUGUUUAAGAACAAUGUUAAGAACAAUAAUUCAUUCUCAGUCCAUGCUCAUGGAGUGAAAACCAGUGAAGCUCACCUGUCUCCUGUUCCCCCAGGUGAGGUGAUGAGCUAUAAUUGGACAAUCAGUGCAGGCCCUGGCCCCACUGAACCCAACUGUAUAACAUUUGUCUACUAUUCAUCAGUGGACUUUGUUAAGGAUGUUGCCAGUGGUUUGGUUGGACCAUUGUUGGUGUGUCGUAAGGGGACGCUGGAUAAAAAAAGACGACGAAAAGAUGUGGAUAAAGAAUUUGCUCUGCUCUUUAUGGUAUUCGAUGAAAAUGAAUCCUGGUACCUGGAUGAGAAUAUCAGGAAUUACAUGCACAAAAGCCCUCACACUUUCAACAGGGAUGAUGAGCACUUUAUGGAGAGUAACAUGAUGCAUGGUAUUAAUGGAAAGAUGUAUGCUAACUUGCACGGUUUGAGAAUGCAGGAAGGAGAUCGCACUGAGUGGUAUCUAAUGGGUCUGGGGAAUGAGAUAGAUAUGCACACAGUUCACUUCCAUGCUCAAAGCUUCAUAUACAAGGCAGAUCAUGCUCACAGAGCUGAUGUGUAUGACCUGUUUCCUGGAACCUUCCAGACUAUAGAACUAGUAGCAGGAACUCCUGGAACAUGGCUCCUACACUGCCAUGUAGCAGACCACAUUCAUGCUGGCAUGGAAACCACCUUCACCAUCCUCAGAAAAGAAUCCAAAGACGAGAAACCUGGGAACAAUGGUUACACAUGUUUUCAGUAUUACUGGCAAAUGCUGCUACUCUUCACAACUGCCUUAUGGCUCCAGUGAUGCAGUGCAGGAGAUGGUGCUAGAGGGCAGAAUUAUGCUGCAACUUCACUAAUGCAAAGAUCAUGACACACUAAACAUGAAGCCCUAUACAACUCAAGCAACAAAAACCUUUUUUGUCUCUAGCCUUCAGAAGUGAUGAAAAGACAAGACCAAGACUAAGACCAGAUCUCCCAUUUUACCAUUUCUUUUCUUGUUUGAUGAGUUUAUGCAAAUGAAAAUUAAUUGAAUAUAAAGUGCUAGGAAAACAUAAUUUUUCACACAUUUUGUAUAGACAAUUCUAAAAUGGAAUUUGAAAAAAUGUAAAGAAAUUUCCAAGUGAUAACUUACACAUUCAAUUUUAACAUUCAGAGUUUUAGAAAAGAUGUUUAUUUUCUGAGUGAAAUGACUUUACUGAGUGCGAAACAACUAUAUUGUAAUGAAACUACUGAGAGGAGGAGUCACAAAAACAAGUCACUACUCUUCUUGUUGGGCAACCUAAUGAGCAUGUUUUAUUUUAAUUAGUCUAACAUCAAGAUUGCACUUUUGCAUUUUCCACAUACUUAUUGAAUUUAUGUUACCAUGUCCACACAGUUUGUAAUUAUACUCUGGAAGCACUGUAAAUGUCUAGAAACAUAACUGGGAGAUAAAAAAUAAAGGUUUGUACGUAGCUGCUA